CGGCCCCGCUGUGUGUCUGUCGUUGCAGCAGGCAUGGGGAACCAGGUGGAGAAGCUGACCCAUCUGAACUACAAGGAAGUUCCCACGGCCGACCCGACAGGUAUGGACAGAGAUGAAGGACACAGGAUCGGGGUCUCCUACAUCUUUUCAAAUGAUGAUGAUGAGCUGGAGCAGCCGCCAGACUCAGUGCAUGACCUGGGAGGUGAGCACCCUGCCCUGCAGCCCUACGAUCCCCAGCAGCACGAGGUGGAGUGCUCAGUCUAUUACCGGGAUGAGUGUAUUUACCAGAAGAGCUUUUCUGAGGAGGACACGCUGCCGGAGGGUGAUGAAGGCGGUGGGGGGCACCUGAGCACCUACACCCCGGAGAACCUGCUGAAUAGGUGCAAACCGGGUGACCUAGUGGAGUUUGUGUGCCAGGCCCAGUAUCCACACUGGGUGGUCUAUGUCGGUGAUUUUCAAGUUGUGCACCUGCACAGGCUGGAGGUGGUGAACAGCUUCCUUACAGAUGCCAGCCAGGGCAGACGGGGCCGCAUUGCCAACCAGCUGUACCGCUACAAACCCCUCAGCCCAGCCGUGGUGGUGCGCAACGCCCUGGAGCAGGUGGGUUGCAAGGACCGGGACUUGAGCUGGAGAAACUCUGAGUGUUUUGCUGCCUGGUGCCGGUACGGUAAGCGGGAGUUUAAAAUCGGCGGGGAGCUGCGCAUAGGCAAGCAACCCUACCGAUUGCAGAUCCGUCUGGGUGACAAGCGCAGCCACACGCUGGAGUUUCAGAGCCUGGAGGAUCUGAUUAUGGAGAAGAGGAGAAAUGACCAGAUUGGUAGGGCUGCCGUGAUCCAGGAGCUCUCCAGCCACCUACAGGCUGCAGAGGAGGAGGAAGAGGAGGAGGAAGACCACCAUCAUCAUCAUCAUCCAGGUGCUCGGACUGCUGUGGAGUAG